AUGUCGUUCACUGCCGAUCCAGCAGCCCUUGAGCAGCUCAAGCAAAUAUUCAGUUCUACCCUCUCCUCCAAUAACCAAGAGAGAAAAAGCGCCAACGAGGCCUUGAGCCAGGCCAAGACCCAACCCGAAUUCGAGAACUACCUCUUCCACCUCUUGGUGCUCGAUAACUCUGCCAAAUCAGAAGUCAGAGCCGGCUCGGGUAUCAACCUCAAGAAUAGCAUCCUCAAAUCCGCCCACGCCAAAGGAAAUGCCCCCAAUGCAAACCGCCAGUACUUAUUGGACAACAUCUUGAAGGGAUUGUUGGUCCAGGACAACUUGGUGAGAAACAUCACCGGUAACGUCGUCACCUCGUUAUUUUCCAUUUACGGAAUCGAGUACUGGCCAAACGUCUUGCCCCAAUUGAUCGAAUUGGCCAACCACGAGGCGGGUCCCUAUGAUUCACAAGAAGCAGCAAUGAACACCUUGGGCAAAAUUUGCGAAGAUUCGUCUAUGGUCAUUUGCUCCGAAUACAAGGGAGAAUCCCCAUUGAACUUCAUGCUCUCCAACCUCCUCAAGCUCAUGGUUCACCCCCAUUCUGGAAUAAUAAGAGCAUUAUCUAUUCACUGUGUCAACCAAUUCAUUCCUUUGAACCCUCAGGAGUUUUCCAACUAUCAAAACCAAUUUCUCCAGAACUUGUUCGAAUUGUCCAAGGAUUCCUCCACUAAGGUGAAGAAGAACAUCUGUUCUUCGUUCUCCAUGAUCUUGGAAACUUCUCCAAACACUUUGUUGCCUCACUUGGAUGGGGUAGUUAACUACUGUCUUCAUUUGAUGCAAGACAACGACGAAGAAGUAGCCUUGGAGGCAUGUGAGUUUUUGUUGUCAUUGUCUAGUAUCUCUGAAGACGAAGUCAACAAGCAAAUCUUCAUUCCAAAAUUGAAGUUGAUCUUACCAAUUUUAUUGGGCACUAUGGUAUACUCAGAAGAAGAAGUGUUUUUAAUGGAGUUAGAGAGUUCUAAGGACAUCACAUCUGUCCAAGAUAAGGAAGAAGAUAUCAAGCCCAAGAAUGUCAAAGUCAAAGAGCAUUCUGCUAAGAGUAAUUACAGAAAAGAGGAUGAUGAUUCAGAUGACGACUCUGACGAGGACUCAGACUCUGAUUCAGAUUCCUUAGUUGACCAAUGGUCGCUCAGAAAAUGCUCAGCAGCAACCCUUGACAUUCUUUCCUUGAACUUGCCAGGUGAAGUCCUUGAGAUUUCCUUGCCUAUUUUGCAAGAAAGAAUUUUAUCUACUGACUGGAAGGUAAGGGAAGCCUCUAUUUUGGCCUUCGGUGCAAUUUCUAAGAGUUGUAUCGAAUUAUCAGAUGAUAAGUUGCCAACUUUGGUUACUUAUCUCAUUGAACGGUUGAAAGACCCCCAACCUAGAUUGAGACAAAUCACUUGUUGGACAAUUUCCAGAUUUGCAUCAUGGAUUAUUACUCAGUCGCCUCAAUUAGUGGACCUCACUAUCCAAUCUAUUUUGGCCAGUUCAUUGGACCAGCAAAAAAUUGUCCAGCAAUCUGCAUGUUCAUCAUUGACAUAUUUAAUAGAGGAAGCCUACAGUGAGUCUUUGCUCCCAUAUCUUGAUCAAUUGUUGCACCAUUUCACCAGAUGCUUCCAGAUUUACCAGAAGAAGAACUUGGCAAUUUUGUAUGAUUGUAUCCAGACUUUCGUUGAGAAGCUCGGAUACGAAAAUUUGUCUAAAUCCGAGAAUAUCAAGGAGUUGAUCCCACCCUUGUUAAGCAAGUGGGAGGAGUUGGAUGACAAUGACAAUGCUUUAUGGUCAUUGUUGGAAUGUAUAGCCAGCAUUGCUUCGACAUUGGGAGAAUUGUUUGCACCAUACGCUGUUCCUAUUUACCAAAGAGCUGUGAAGAUUUUGACAAACUGCAUAGAAUUGGACCAACAAGCGCAAACCGACCCACUGAUCGAAACCCCCGAGAAGGAUUUCAUAGUGACAUCGUUGGACUUAAUAGACGGGUUGAUUCAAGGAUUCGGUUUUCAUUCGGCCGAGUUGAUUGACCAAAGAUUGAUGGAGUUGCUUCUCAUCUGCUUGGAAGACCAUUCCAACGACGUGAGACAAUCGGCAUAUGCAUUGUUGGGAGAUUUGGCUAUUUCAGUUUGUGACGUGAUAGUCAAGCCAUGGUUGAGAUCGAUUGUAUUGAGCAUUGGCAAUGAAAUCAACAACCGUAACUACGAGUCAUAUCCUGUUGUCAACAAUGCCAUCUGGUCAUUGGGGGAGAUGUUGAUGAGAUUACCACCUCAUGAGAUCAAGCCAUAUUUUGAAAAUUUGGUUGACUUGAUCAUACCCGUGUUGAUCAGCACUGAUACUCAGCAGACGGUCUUGGAAAACUGUGCCAUCUGCUUGGGUAGAAUGGGUAUCAGCGGUGACCCCGAAUUGUGUGGGUUAUUGGGUCAAAAAUUGCCUGGGUUCAUCUUGCAAUGGUGCUCGCAGAUGUUGUACUUGAUUGACAACGAAGAAAAGGAGACAGGAUUCACCGGAAUGUUGAACAUCAUCAAUACCAACCCAGUGAACGGGUUUGGUGGGUUUGACAAUAGCCAGGGAAAGAAGAACUUAGGAAUAUUCUUCGUGUGUAUUGGGAGCUACGCCCAACCCAGUGACGAGUUGAGAGGAUUGUUCGGACAGAUGUUGAACAGCUUCAAGGGGUUGUUGGGUAGUGAAUGGGAAGGAGUGAUGGCCCAUGUUGAUCACGAGUCCAGAGGGGUUUUGGCUUCUGUGUAUGGUGUCCAUUAG